AUGACCUACCCAUAUAGGAAGAUUCCCAGCCACUUUGCCAAAGACGAGAACAGUGAGGUCCAGAGAAAGGAAGUGACUGUCCAGGAUCUCAUGGCAAAAGUCUGCUCCAAGUCCAUGUGGGAGCGGCCCAAUGGGCCCCGGGAAGGAGACACUGGCCCUUCGGGUGCUUCCCUUCUGCCCUCGGGAGCGCUGGGGAGUAGCAGCAGUCUGAGCAAAGAGAGCCUCGAAGAGAAAGUGACUUUGGCCCCUCUGAAUCCAGCGCAGUCGGGGGAACAUCUUCGAGAGCCGGGGCUAGAAGGGGCAGUCCCUUCGGCCGCCCUGUCCACGCGGCUGCCGGAAGAGGCCGCCACCAAGCGCGCCCUCCCCUCCGGGAAGAAGCUGCCUUCGCUCAAGCAGGUGAACUCGGUCAGGAAACAGCUGCGGCCCAAAGCCACCUCCACGGCAGCUGUCCAGAGGGCGGCGUCCCCGCCUGCAUCCUCGGUCCUGGGGCUCCUCUCCUCCGCCACCGAGAAGCCCCGCCCCCCGGGAGACGCCGAGCCCGCCGCCUCCGAGGAGCCCCUCUGGCUGGACCGGAAGGCAGGUGCGGCCCCCACGACGCCCGCACCCCUGCAGAUCUCCCCCUUCACCUCGCAGCCCUACAUGGCCCACACGCUCCCCCAGAGGCCCGACCCCGGGAAGCCUGCGGCGCCUGAUGAUGCCCCCGAGGCUCCCCCAGAAGAUGCCAGUCCCAUGACCUUAAUGGACAAAGGCGAGAACGAACUGACCGGGUCAGCCUCAGAGGAGAGCCAGGAGACCACGACAUCCACCAUCAUCACCACCACAGUCAUCACGACUGAGCAGGCCCCGGCUCCCUGCAGUGUGAGCUUCUCCGAUCCUGAAGGGUACAUCGACUCCAGUGACUACCCACCGCUGCCCCUCAGCGGCUUCCUGGAGUGUACGUACAACGUGACGGUCUACACGGGCUACGGUGUGGAGCUCCAGGUGAAGAGCGUGAACCUGUCUGACGGCGAGCUGCUCUCCAUCCGCGGGGUGGAUGGUCCCACCCUGACUGUCCUGGCCAACCAGACUCUCCUGGUAGAGGGACAGGUUAUCCGAAGUCCCACCAACACCAUCUCUGUCUACUUCCGGACCUUCCAGGAUGACGUCCUUGGGACUUUUCAGCUGCACUAUCAGGCCUUCAUGCUGAGCUGCAAUUUUCCCCGCCGGCCCGACUAUGGGGAUGUCACGGUGAUGGACCUGCACCCGGGCGGGGUGGCCCACUUCCACUGCCACCUGGGCUAUGAGCUCCAGGGCGCCAAGACGCUAACUUGCAUGAACGCCUCCAAGCCACACUGGAGCAGCCAGGAGCCCGUCUGUUCAGCCCCUUGUGGAGGGGCUGUGCACAAUGCCACCAUUGGCCGGGUCCUCUCCCCAAGUUACCCAGGAAACACUAAUGGGAGCCAGUUCUGCGUGUGGACCAUCGAAGCUCCAGAGGGCCAGAAGCUACACCUGCAUUUCGAGAGGCUGUCAUUGCAUGAGAAGGACAGGAUGGUGGUCUACAGUGGCCUGACCAACAGGUCUGCUCUUCUCUAUGACUCCCUCCAAACCGAGAACGUCCCCUUUGAGGGUCUGCUGAGUGAGGGCAACAGCAUCCGCAUUGAGUUCACCUCUGACCAGGCGCGAGCAGCCUCAGCCUUCAACAUCCGGUUCGAGGCCUUUGAGAAAGGCCACUGUUAUGAGCCCUACAUUCAGAAUGGGAAUUUCACCACAUCUGACCCGACCUAUAACAUCGGAACCAUAGUGGAGUUCACCUGCGACCCCGGCCACUCUCUGGAGCAGGGUCCAGCCAUUAUCGAGUGCAUCAAUGUGCGGGACCCCUACUGGAAUGACACAGAGCCCCUAUGCAGAGCCAUGUGUGGUGGGGAGCUCUCUGCCGUGGCCGGGGUGGUGCUGUCCCCAAACUGGCCAGAGCCGUAUGUGGAAGGUGAAGAUUGUAUCUGGAAGAUUCACGUAGGGGAGGAGAAACGGAUCUUCUUAGAUAUCCAGUUCCUGAACCUGAGCAACAGCGACAUCCUGACUAUCUAUGACGGCGAUGAGGUCAUGCCUCACAUCUUGGGGCAGUACCUUGGGAACAGUGGUCCCCAGAAGCUGUACUCGUCCACGCCGGACUUAACCAUCCAGUUCCACUCGGACCCUGCUGGCCUCAUCUUUGGGAAAGGCCAGGGAUUUAUCAUGAACUACGUAGAGGUAUCAAGGAAUGAUUCCUGCUCAGACCUGCCAGAGAUCCAGAACGGCUGGAAAACCACUUCUCAUACGGAGCUUGUGAGAGGAGCCAGAAUCACGUACCAGUGUGACCCGGGCUAUGACAUCGUGGGGAGUGACACCCUUACCUGCCAGUGGGACCUCAGCUGGAGCAGCGACCCCCCGUUUUGUGAGAAAAUUAUGUACUGCACCGACCCCGGGGAAGUGGACCACUCGACCCGCUUAAUUUCGGAUCCCGUGCUGCUGGUGGGCACCACCAUCCAAUACACGUGCAACCCUGGCUUCGUGCUGGAGGGGAGCUCUCUUCUGACCUGCUACAGCCGAGAGACUGGCACGCCCAUCUGGACGUCACGCCUACCUCACUGUGUUUCGGAAGAGUCCCUGGCGUGUGACAACCCUGGCUUGCCUGAAAACGGUUACCAAAUCCUGUAUAAGCGGCUCUACCUGCCAGGAGAGUCCCUCACCUUCAUGUGCUACGAAGGCUUUGAGCUCAUGGGCGAAGUGACCAUUCGAUGCAUCCUGGGACAGCCAUCCCACUGGAACGGGCCCCUGCCCGUUUGUAAAGUUAAUCAAGACAGCUUUGAACAUGCAUUAGAAGUAGCAGAAGCAGCAGCCGAGACAUCGCUGGAAGGGGGAAAUAUGGCACUGGCUAUCUUCAUCCCAGUCCUCAUCAUCUCCUUACUGCUGGGAGGAGCCUACAUUUACAUCACCAGAUGUCGCUAUUACUCCAACCUCCGCCUGCCCCUGAUGUACUCCCACCCCUACAGCCAGAUCACCGUGGAAACCGAGUUUGACAACCCCAUUUAUGAGACAGGGGAAACCAGGGAGUAUGAAGUUUCCAUUUAA